AUGUCAUUGAUAUAUAAAGACCUUUUUAGCUUGUUGCAUUCUAGCUCAAACUCCAAUCAUUAUUCAUUGAUUCGUAUUGCUGAUCCCCAAUGUCUGGCAUCACUGAUUGUUCAGAUAGUACAAACAAUUCUUCGCCGCCAGCCUACCACAGCCGUACUAGUGAUUGCUCAGUCUCCAGACACUUUCCGUCAAAUACCUGUGCCAUCAAUGGAUGAACUGAAUCCAUUUACCUGUUCAAAUCCGGCCAACUCCAAUUCGCAAACACUCGAGUCUAUUCAAGUGAUCAUGGAACAUCAUGUAUAUAUACGAUACACACCAACACCGUCUAAGCUUGUGUCCCUUCUUGCAUCUGUGCCAGAUUGGCAUUCAAUCAUGCAAGAUCAGCCAGCCCAACAACCUCCACAUUUAUCUAUUGUUAUUGUUGGUAUGGAUUCGAUAUGCCAGGGAUCAGAGGGAUUGAUGACAUAUGCAAGCUCAUUGGCAAUGGAUGCUGCUAAACGAUCAAGCAGAUUGCUGAAUAGUGACUGCUCGUUGAUAGUCUUGGUUGAGAGGGAUAUAAGUGGAAGUCAGGCCUGGUCAGAUAGGUUUAGUCAAAGAUUGAUUCAAACCAGUGGUGGUAUCCAAGUUGAGCCUGCAGUCUUACAACCAGCACACAUGCCAUCUAUUAUAAUUCAUCAAUAA